AUGGAACCCCACCUUCCAACAACCACCUCUGUCAAACUUGGCAAGGUAUCCCUUGAGUGUGUCACACGCCUCCUCCUUGGCCUCCUUGGCCACGUUGAACAGCUUGAAAGGGAAAUUGCCAAAAUUAAGGAAGCAGGGGUUGAAACCCAAACCAAUGUCAAGAAAAUAUCUCAAACUGUUGAUGUUGUCAAGGAUGGGCUUAGAAGCCUCCAACUCCAAGGACCCUGUACACCUGAGGGGCCCCAGCCAAAAACCGUGGAAGAAACGCCACGCCCCAUACCAAAGGCCAAGCCUCCAACACCAAGAAGAGCCGUGCCCCUGCAAGUCCUGUCUCCCCCUCCAUCUCCGCGUCUCCAAUCCCUGAUUGGAGCCCCUGCCUCUCAUCCACUGGCUCCAGCAGCCCAUUACCCUGCUCUGGUCAAAGUUGACCACCCCAAUGCCUACACAGGCAAAAUAGGGAGCAAAGCCAAGCAAUGGUUAACCCAAAUGCUGGCCUGGACCUGUCUAAAUUUGCAGAUGUUCCCAACCAAUCAGGAGGUUCUGUCCUUCCUCCUGAUGAACAUGAAGGAUUCCGCUGGGGCCUGGGCCCACCCACACCUUGACCAGCUUGGAUCACACCAAGCUAUCAUCCAGACUGUUGAGGGUUUUAAACUGGAGUUCUUGGCAGCCUUUGGCAACCCUGAUGCCACAAGGGCUGCCAAGCAGAAAAUUACCACCCUCACCCAGUCCGGCACAUGUGCAGACUACAUUACAAAGUUCAGGACCUUAGCCAUGGAACUGGACUGGAACAAUGCGGCCCUUAGAGGCCAGUUUGCCCAAGGCCUCCACUGGGAGGUCAGCCGCCAAAUUGCCACCCACAAGCAACACCCCUGA